UGGGAUGUUGUGUUUGUCUUAACAAAUUAGUUUAGAAUUUACAAAAAUAAUGUUGAAUUAUUUUUUAGAAUUCGUACAGAAAAUUAAUGGUGAUUUUGGCCAAACAUUUUGCCCUUUGUAAGGGUAUUGACAAGGGUUCAAUGGUUGGAAUAUUAUGGGACGUCAGAUUUGCAGACGGAAAACUGAAACCAACAAAUCACACAAAGAACUGGCAGAGUCACUCCAAUCGUCAAGGCCUGAAUAUAAUUGGCCCUUGAAGGCAGAAGGAGAAAUGUUAGUGCAUGGGAAAACAUUUCAAGCAUCAGUGUGACUGGAAAAGCAGCGAGGCACCCACACGCGAAUGAGAGUGUUCCGGUCAACUGACUGUGGAAAGACUGUGGAACCAGUUACACAGACUGAAAAGAAAUCGCAGCCUUCACAGUGUGGGGGUAACCGUACAUGUGUUCUGUGGACGAGGCUUCAACUGAUUUGUCCAACCUGGAGAGGCACAAGGACACUCGGAGCACAGAGAAACGCUUUAAGUGUGGGGACUGCGGGAAGGGAUUCAAUUACCCCUCCCUGCUAGAAAAUCAUCGACGCACUCACACUGGGGAGAAACCGUGGAAAUGUGGGGACUGCGGGAAGGGAUUCAAUUACCCCUUCCUGCUGGAAAAUCAUCAACGCACUCACACUGGAGAUAAACCGUGGAAAUGUGAGGACUGCGGGAAGGGAUUCAAUUACCCGUCCCUGCUGGAGAAUCAUCGGCGCACUCACACGGGAGAGAAACCGUGGAAAUGCGAGGACUGCGGGAAGGGAUUCAAUUACCCGUCCCUGCUGGAGAAUCAUCGGCGCAUCCACUCCAGGGAGAAUCCAUUGACCUGCCACGUGUGCGAGAAGAGAUUCACUCGGCUAGCCAGCCUGCAGAAACACCAGCGGGUUCAUACGGGGGAGAAGCCGUAUGCCUGCCCUGACUGCGGGAAGGGAUUCAGUGAUUCAUCCAUCCUGCGGAGGCACCAGCGGGUUCACAACAGCGAGAGGCCGUUCGCCUGCAGCAGCUGCGGAAAGGCCUUCAGGGACUCCUCCACCCUGCUCAGACACCAGCGCGUUCACACCGGGGAGAGGCCGUUCCGCUGCUCUGAGUGCGGGAAGGCGUUCACUCAGCUGUCCAACCUGCGGACGCACCAACGGGCGCACACCGGGGAGAGGCCGUUCGCCUGCCCCGAGUGCGGGAAGGGGUUCACUCAGUUGUCUCACCUGCAGACUCACCAGCGCAUCCACACCCGUGAGAGGCCGUUCACCUGCUCCGUGUGCGGGAAGGGCUUCAGCGACUCGUCCGCCCUGCAGGAGCACCGGCGGGUUCACACCGGGGAGCGGCCGUUCACCUGCCCCGUGUGCGAGGAGGCGUUCACGUGCUCGUCCAACCUGCUGAGGCAUCAAAGCCGUCACACCGAUUAGAGACUGUGGGAGCUCGCUGUAGAAAUCUUCGUCCCCGCCGAGGAGAGGCGGCUCUGCUGCUGUUGCUGCGCUAAGAGGUUUAGGUGACCGUUGAAUCUGCUGAGGCACCAGCGAGUUCACACCGGGGAGAGGCCGUUCGCCUGCUCCGAGUGUGGGAAGGGAUUCGCUCGGUCGUCCAGACUGCUGAGCCACCAGCGAGUUCACAAGUGAUCCCAGGGGUUGGAUUCUGCUGUUGUUGCUGCUGUUCAUCACAUCCAGGACUGGACCGUGUUCCUUCUGACACUUGGGGUCUGUUUCUGCUGAUGUCAAUGAUCCCUGUCACUGGGCUGGAGUUUAAUUUUCUGGCUACGUUAAAUAAAUAAGCUGUGUUUAAAAAAAGAAAAUAAUUGUGUCAGGUCCUUGUCUCUAAGAUAGGACCAGAGCUUAUAUACGACUCAUUGCCAGUAAGGUGCACCUUUAUGAGGCUGUAAUAAAAGCCCGCGGGAUCUUUGUCGCCCAGUCUGCUGAGGCAUCAGUGACUACAGGGGCUGGAUUUUGCUCCCGUUGCUGCGGUUAAUCACAUCCAGGACUGAACCAUGUUCAUUCUGACAGCUGGGGUCUGUUUCUGCUGAGGCCAAUCGUCCCCGAUU